UCUGCUCUGGUGAGACCCCACCUGGAGUGUUGCAUCCAGCAUUGGAGCCAUGAGCACAGGGGGAAGGACAUGGAUCUGUAAGAGCAAAUCCAGAGCAGAGUCAUCAACAUGAUGGAGGGAUGGAGUGCCUUUCCUAUGAGGAAAGGCUAAGGAGGAAGCAUUUUUUGCUGCAGGUCUGAGAAAGGCAGUCUGGCAUGGAGAAAGAGAAGUUCCAGCAGAAGGCUCUGAAGCAAACUAAGCAGAAGAAAUCCAAGUCGGCUGAAUUUCUGAUGGUAAAAGAAGAGAGAGCAGCAACAGAAGGCAUUGAAAAUCCAGCUUUUAACAUCAGCAGCACACAUCUUUCAGCAUAUCAGCCUUCAGAAGAGAAAGUUAUUAGACAUGACAAGCCAGAUAGCACCCUUGCAGCUCACCAACAAAAACUCGGGCUGCAAGCCCAUGCUGAACCAAGAGGAAAUGAAUACAGCAGAAAUUACUUUGACCCGUUGAUGGGUGAGGAAAUAAACCCAAGGCAGUGUGGGAUGGAGGUCAGUGAGGAAGAUCCUGUGAAAUUUGAUGAGCAAGUCCUUUACUCUAAACUGAUGAAGCUUCUAGAUGAAGAAAACAAGAUGCUGGACUUCCAAGCCCAUGUCGUCAGUGAAGAUUUUCCGGACGCUGUAAUGCCUGUCAGCUCCAGUAAGGCAUGUGACCUUCACAGAGAGCUUGAAGAUGAAGAGAUCCCUUCAUAUAUCGAACAGUUUGAGAGAGAUGUUCAGGAUGACAUAAUUCUGCUUGGCAGCUUUUCACUGGAACAGCACAAGGGAGCUUCUCACCGCAAGAAAAAAAAGUGGAGAGCCAGGAUUCAUGAACUCUUUCAAAGAGUGGGAAGUCAGCUACUGAAAACAGAGCAGAGUGGAAUUGAAGAAGAAAUAGUAGCCAGCUUUGGUAACCUUACAGAUGUGAAUACUGGAUUAAAUGGAGCAGCAGGACCUCGUGGGAAGGUUGACUGCUCCAAGAUGCCACAGCCGCUAGAAAUUCACCUCAGAUGCCUGAGGGGAGUCAAAGAUAAGGUCCCUAAAGGCCUCUACACUCUCAAAGUUUCUGUUCUCAGCCGCUUAGGUGGUGCCUUGGUGGAGCUGGAGGAGCAGCCUCAGGCCAGGACGACGCGGCCUGUUAGUCAUGGUGGAAACUUCUACAACACUGAAAUCUACUUUGGACAAAGUAUCCAGACAGUUCUACCACACAGAAAAGCUUUGAAACCAGGCAUGGUACUCCUCUUUGAACUCUUCCUUCUUCGUGGCACCUACACCUGGAUUGAUCGAGAAGUGGGAUGGGGAGCUUUUCCCUUAUGUGAUAACAAUUUUAAUGCUUUGGAGGGAAAAUUUAAAUGUCCCUUCCUUAGAGGACAUUAUGACUCCAAAAUCGAUCGAUUCAAAAAAAUUGAAAAUUUUAUUUCUCAGGACUUGGAUCAUUGGUUAUGCAAUUUCUACUUUCAGAUAAUUAAACUACCGCAGGAUUCAGAUAAGCGAAGUAAGUGUGGUAUGCAUGUUCAUCUGCCACCUGAACUUCUAAUGUGUUCAAGCACUGCUGAAAAGAAUGGUGUCUCAGAAAAUGUUGUACAGUCUGGACCACAAGGGCAACCUCUGACCUCCCCGAAAGAUCCUGACACCCAUAAGGGAAGUAUUCCCACUGUUGUAGAGGAAGUGGAAAAGCAGUUUAAUGCUGCGAAAGGAGGAGAAGCGUGUGUGUCAGAAGAAGCUGUGAGGAAAAGAGAAGAGCUUAAAAUGCUUCCAGCAGAGGAUUACCAAGAUUGCCAUGACAAUACAGACAAGCACUGUGGCUCGUUUUGGCUGAAGGAAGUCAAAGAAGGACAUCACAAGGUCAGCAGGAAUAAACCACCUGACCAAGAAAAAUCAGGUCCUGAGAACAAUGAAAGCCAAGAAGAAGGGAAAACUUCUCCAGAGAACAAUUUUUAUUUGGAAGACUUGGAGAAAUAUACCUUUUCUGUGUGCUGCCGCUCUGCUACUGAUGAUGUGAAACUGUCCAGGCAGGUUAUGGAGCGUUUCCACUUCGUGGUGUACACAGCCUUUUCAGAGCUGGGAGCCACACGCUGGCGCUCCAGAGACUUCUGGCUGCUUGCACUGCUGGUGGUUUUGCUUUGGUUCCUGAGACUUUACCUGCAUUACUUGAGCCAGUGGCUCUUCCUUCGGACAAUCUCAGUUCCUGUUACAAAGUAA